CCUCCAGGAGGCUAGCACUUGCCUUUCCUCCCUCCAUCCCUCGCCAUCUGUACCCAUUCUUGCUUGCCUAUUUCCAACCUAGCUAUCAAAUCCGUCGACGCUGUUGAUAAUAGCCACACGCCAGAGACAAGGCCAUCAUGUCUGAGGGGACCACUCCCAUCCCGUCACCUCCGGGUCUGCCCUUCCUGGGCAAUGUUGGCGACAUUGAUCCCAACUUCCCGCUGGGAUCCAUGGUCAAUAUGGCCGAGAAAUAUGGCCCCAUCUUUCGUCUCAACAUGCCUGGUAGAAGCGUGGUCAUCUUGUCCACCCAGGAGUUGAUCAAUGAAGCUUGUGACGAGAAAAGGUUUGGCAAGGGCAUCGAAAACGUGCUCAAGGAGAUCAGGAACGGGGUCCACGAUGGCCUCUUCACCGCUCGCAACGAUGAGCCCAACUGGGGCCUUGCCCAUAGAAUCCUCAUGCCUGCGUUCGGGCCAAUGAAGAUCCAAUCCAUGUUUGACGAAAUGCACGACAUUGCCUCGCAGCUGGCCAUGAAGUGGGCUCGACACGGCUCCUCGGUCCCCAUUUUGGCCUCUGAAGACUUCACACGUCUCACACUCGAUACGCUGGCCCUCUGUGCCAUGGACUAUCGCUUCAACUCGUACUACCACGACGAGCUCCACCCCUUCAUCGAGGCAAUGGGCAAUUUCCUCGUAGAGUCUGGAAACAGAUCAAGGAGGCCGCCCUACACCUCCAUACUCUACCGGCACGCCAACCAACAGUACAACGACGACAUUGACCUGUUGCGAGACACAGCCCACGAUGUCUUACAAGCGAGAAAGAAGAACCCCACAGACCGGAAAGACCUUCUCUCCGCUAUGCUUAACGGCGUUGAUCCCAAGACUGGCGGGAAGCUGAGCGACUCGAGCAUCAUCGACAAUCUCAUCACCUUCCUCAUUGCCGGCCACGAGACCACCUCUGGCCUCCUAACGUUCACCUUUUACCAGCUGCUGAGGAACCCUGACGCCUAUCGCAAGGCCCAGAAGGAGAUCGAUGAGGUCAUCGGCUCCGGUCCCAUCAAGGUCGAGCAUAUGUCCAAGCUGCCAUACAUUUCUGCGGUCUUGAGAGAAACACUCCGACUCUCUGCCCCCAUCCCCGCCUUUGGCGUCAAGUCCCUCAAAGACCAGGUCAUCGGAGGGAAGUAUUUCAUCCAAGAGGGACAGCCUUUGGCCUUACUCCUGGCAAAGUCGCACGUCGACCCGGCCGUUUACGGCGAGACGGCGAAUGACUUCAUUCCGGAGCGGAUGCUCGACGAGAAUUUCGACCGCCUCAACAAGGAGUUUCCAAACUGUUGGAAGCCCUUCGGCAACGGGAUGCGCGGCUGCAUCGGCCGGCCAUUUGCUUGGCAGGAGGCCCUCCUCGUCAUGGCCAUGCUGCUGCAGAAUUUCAACUUCAUGCUGGAUGACCCCAACUAUUCCCUGCGUAUCAAGCAGACCCUCACCAUCAAGCCGAAGGACUUCUUCAUGCGGGCCAUUCUCCGCGACGGCCUCACCGCCACCGAGCUGGAUCAUCGCCUCUCCGGCACGCCCCCGGCGACUCCGAGCGGCCAAGAGGCUAGGGCCUCGGGUGCCGCCCCGGCCAAGGAAUCAAAGGUGAAGGGUAAGCCGAUGGCCAUCUUCUACGGAUCCAACACUGGUACUUGCGAGACUCUCGCCCAGCGUCUGGCCUCCGAUGCGCCGGCUCACGGCUUCUCCGCUACGGUGGUCGAGCCAUUGGACGCGGCGAACCAGAAAGUGCCCACGGAUCAGCCGGUAGUUAUCAUUACCGCUUCGUACGAGGGUCAGCCCCCGGAUAACGCGGCACUUUUUGUUUCGUGGCUUCAGAGCUUGAAGGGAAAGGAGAUGGGGGACGUAUCCUAUGCCGUCUAUGGCUGUGGACAUCAUGACUGGGCUCAGACUUUCCAUCGCAUUCCCAAGCUUGUCGACUCGACGCUCGAGAAUCUGGGAGGCACCCGCAUCACGCCGAUGGGCCUGACAGACGCCGCCAAGGGGAACAUGUUUACCGACUUCGAGACAUGGGAGGACGAGACCUUCUGGCCGGCGAUGGCCGAGAAGUACGGCAUCGCCGCGCAGGCCGAAAACGAGCCGUUCUCUUCCACCCUGUCCGUCGAAUUCUCCACGCCCCGCUCCUCGACGCUACGCCAGGACGUCAAGGAGGCGAUCGUCGUCAACACAAAGCUCCUCACAGCCCCCGGGGAGCCAGCGAAGAACCACAUGGAGAUCCAGCUGCCCAGCGACGCACGAUACGCAGCGGGAGAUUACCUGGCCAUCCUCCCGCUGAACCCCCGAGAGAGCGUCAACCGCGUGAUGCGCCACUUCCACAUACCCUGGGACGCGCACAUCACCAUCUCCGCCCACGGCCACACCAGCCUCCCCACCAACAUAUCCACCCCCGUCGCCGACGUCCUCGGCGCCUACGUCGAGCUCGCGCAGCCCGCCACCAAGCGCAGCAUCCUCGCCCUCGCGGGGCUAGCCAAGGACCCCGGCACCGCAGCCAAGCUCGCCCUUCUCGCGGGCGACGACUACGAUGCCGAGAUUGGCGCCAAGCGAGUCUCGGUCCUCGACCUACUCGAGCGCUUCCCCGCCGCCGACCUCCCCUUCGACUCCUUCCUCUCGCUCCUCCCCCCGAUGCGCGUCCGCCAAUACUCCAUCUCCUCCUCCCCUCUCUGGAAGCCCGACCACGUAACCCUGACCUACACCCUCCUCGACUCCCCCUCCCUCUCUGGCCUCCCCGGCCACCGCCACGUCGGCGUCGCCUCCUCGUAUCUCUCCUCCCUGGGCCCCGGCGACAAGCUGCACGUCUCGGUCCGCCCCUCGCACUCCUCCUUCCACCUCCCCGCCGACGCCGACCGCACCCCCAUCAUCUGCGUCGCCGCCGGCACGGGCCUCGCGCCCUUCCGCGGCUUCGUCCAGGAGCGCGCCGCCCAGCUGGCCGCGGGCCGCGAGCUGGCCCCCGCGCUGCUGUUCGUCGGCUGCCGGGCCCCCGCCGUGGACGACCUGUACCGCGACGAGCUCGACCGCUGGGAGGCGCUCGGCGCCGUGGGCGUGCGGAGGGCCUUCAGCCGCCGGCCCGAGGAGGGGGAGGGGUGCAAGUACGUGCAGGACCGCCUGUGGCGGGACCGCGAGGAGGUGAUGGGGUUGUGGGAGCGCGGGGCAAAGGUGUUUGUGUGUGGGUCGAGGCAGGUGGGUGAGGGGGUUAAGAGGGUGGCUAUCGAGAUGGCGAAGGAGAUGAGCAGGCGUAAGGGCAAGGACUCGAACGACGAGGAGGCGCUUAAGUGGUUUGAGGGGAUCAAGAAUGAGAGGUAUGCGACUGAUGUCUUUGACUGAGCCGGCCGUGAUUUGGCGACUCGUGGGACUGGGAGAGAGAUCGGGAAACUGGAUCACAUGCGUCUAUUGGCGUUCUUGUUUUGAAGAGAGAAAAAAAGAAAGGAAAAAAAAAAGCCCAAAUCCGUUUGGGAUAUAUUCCAGGCUGGCGGAGAUUGUACUGUAAUUUUACCAGAUACC